UGAUCUUCUUUUUUUUCUUCUUUUCACGAGGCCUCUAAACCAUGAAGAAGUUCAGCAAACAAAAUAUGCUAACCUUGGCAUUGGUACACCCAAACCCGUACCUAUUUUAACCCUUAGUUACAGUAUCUAUUAUACAAGAUAUGGGAAAUUCACAAGCAUUAGAGAUAUAUAUUCAUACUGACACUGAAAUAGUCAAUGCUGCAAACUAAGCUUAAGACUGAAAUUGGUAAGGGGUGGUUCUCCUCCUUUAACAUCUCUUUCUGUAGCUGCUAACAAAAUCCUUGUACACGAAACCUCUGUAAAGAGGAGGACUAUUGGACUCCUUAACCAUUGCUGAUGCAGGUUUUGAUGUAACUCUCACUACAAGGAUGAAUGGAGCUAACAACUGUCGUUCGAACUACAUGAGCAUUUGUAACAGCUCUAUGGGCAUCACUCUUUAGCUUUCUGUUACUGAUUACCUUUAAGACCCCCACGGCCAUGGUCAGAACUAGCUCAACCAAGAGAGAGAAAGAAAGACCAGGAGACCAUUAUCAAAAAAAGAAAGAAAGAGAGAUUUAUAUUCCAUUAAAGGUCCGAAUUUUAAAUGGAGUACAUAGUCAGUAAGGAUUCAUAUAGCCGAUUAGCCGACCCUAGCUUGCUUGGGUUUGGGAUACAGCAGGGUUGUAGUUUCAGCAUCCAACGACACAAUUUGGCUUUACACUUUGGUUAGCAGGAUAUAUGAUAUAAUUCUAUAAAGCACCCUAAUUGAGAGAUAUACACUAAGAGCCUGUUUGGAUGGGCUUAAAAAAACAGCUUAUAAGCCAAAAAAAAAUAAGUUGGUGUAGUCCAACUUAUUUUGUUCACCAACUUAUUUUUUUUGGUGGCUUAUAAGCUGCUUUAGAUAAGUUAAGCCAAACAAACCCAAUUAAUUUUUGGGGCUUAUUUGAAGCACAAAAUGGCUUUAAGCUGGCCAGCCAAACACUCAAAAAAAUUGAAAACAGCUUAUAGGCAACUUAUAAGCCCUCCAAACGGGCUGUAACUAAAUUUUCAUGAAUGAGAAAUGACCUGAAAUAAUCCAUAUUCUUGGCUCCUUUAACAAUAUUUUGGACCAAUGGUCAUUGAUUGAGUUCUUCCUGAAGAUCUAUUGCUGGGAUGAUCUUGCAUUAAGGGAUAGUUAUCUUUCCAGGUCUUCUCUCUGGAGUUAAUAUAUAAGGACUGGCACAGAUUGAAAUGAGAUUCUCCAAUAUAUUCAAUGGUUUCAGCUUAACAGUGCAACUCUAGCAAAUUGGUAUGAGAGGAAAAUGAUUUCCUCUUUCAGAGAAGUUAUUAGCGCCUAUUCAACUGAAACAAAGAAGCUGAUCACAAAGAUUUCAGAUGUGAUUAGUGAAGGAUUAGGACUUGAAAAGGGGUAUUUUGGAGGUGAAUUAAGCCAAGUUCAAAUGCUAUCUGUGAACUAUUAUCCUCCAUGCCCCGACCCAGAUGUGGCACUUGGAAUGCAUAGCCACUGUGAUCCUAACUUAUUCACAAUUCUACAUCAAGCUAAUGUUUAUGGCCUUCAAAUCUUCAAGGACGGUAAAUGGUCUGCUGUUGAACCUCUUCCUAAUGCAUUUGUGGUCCUCAUUGCUUGCCAAUUACAGAUUAUCAGUAACAAUGAGCUAAAAAGUGUCAUUCAUCGAGCAGUGACAAACUUGAAAGCAGCUCGAAUCUCUGUGGGUACUUUCGUAAUCCCUUCUUCGGAUUGUCACAUUGAACCAGCAAGUUCUUUGUCUAAAAAAUCAACAAAAUUUCCACUAUACAAGGCUUACCAAUACAAGGAGUUCUUGCACACCUAUGCAUCAAAUAAUGGCGAUUUUGAAGCUGUCCUUCAGUUUUACAAGCUCUAAGCUUAAUGGAUUUUCUAUAUAAUAUAAUAUAUUGAAUAAAAAUACAGGUUAUUACGUACCUGACUUGUAUGGUAUUAUGUUGUGUAAAAAAAUAUUUCUACACAAUAGUAUGUUUCUCUUGCUUAUAUAUGAUCAUGUUGUGUGCAUCAACGUUAAUUGAAACAU